CCCUGCUCGCAUCACAGCUUUACCUCAACAACUUACUUCAGCUAUCGUUUUCAGCAGUCGACGAGAGCCACGGCGUACUGGUGUCUAUGGCCGUAUGUUGAGCGAUCAGCGAUGACGUCUGCCGCCUGCUUCUGCUGAAAGAGGAUUUAACCCUUUAAAGCACGUAUGGUCAAAACCACAGUUUCAGACAAAAAGUAACAUGAUGGAUAAACACUGUGGAUACUGCAACGUGUAGAUGACGGUUGAAAAAAAUAAAAUGCAGCACAGAAAUAAGGUUGAUGAGGAGAAAAGUCGAGUAGAUGUUGAAACAUCCUGAGAGAGACUGUCUGGUGGUUUACGUGAUUUGGAGAUUGUGGUCACUAUUAUAAGUUGUCCACUCUAAAUCUUACUAAGGUUAUUAUAAACUCAGCAACGUCUACAUUAUGAUUCUUCAAAUGCGACAUGGUGCCCAUCUCCUCUGGAUUGGACUGGUUGUAUGUGCUGUGGAAGCUGGAGCUAGUCUCCGGUUUACUGGCGCAGAGGGACAGUGGGCCUCGUUCCCCAUGUGGAACGCUUGCUGUGAGAGCGAGAUGAGCUUCAGCAUGAAAACCAAGAAUUUGAAGGGACUUCUGGUGUACUUUGAUGAUGAAGGCUUCUGCAAUUUCCUCGAGCUACACAUACAAGAGGGGAAACUCAGAUUACGCUUUUCUAUCUUCUGUGCUGAGCCUGCUUCCGUGCUUUCAGAUGCUGUCAUCAAUGACAACCAGUGGCAUGAAGUCACAAUCAGGAGGAACUUCAGAAACACUACACUCAUCGUUGACAAAGAAAUAAAGUGGGAGGAGGUUAAGUCCAAAAGGCGGGAUAUGACUGUCUUCAGUCACCUGUUUUUAGGAGGGAUUCCACCAGAAUUGCGAUCGGUGUCUUUACAGCUGACAUCGGACACUGUGAAAGAUCUCACUCCCUUUAUGGGCUGGAUAACAGACUUGAAAGUCAACAAUUCGGAGCCUGUCAUGAUUAACAGUGCCGGGGUCAGCGCUGACCUCUGUGGCUCACACAACAUGUGCUUAAACGGAGGUGAAUGCAGUGUUGUCAACAAUGAGCCUACAUGUGACUGCUCUGAAACCGGCUAUCAGGGAAAGGACUGCGGUGAAGGUCUGGCACACCUGAUGAUGGGCGACCAAGAAAUGGAAGAAUAUGUGGCAACAUUUAAAGGUUUAGAAUACUUCUGCUAUGACCUUUCUCUGAGCCCGAUCCAAAGCAGCAGCGAUGAAAUCACGCUGUCAUUCAAAACACUGCAGAGAAAUGGACUGAUGCUGCACACUGGAAAAUCUGCUGACUAUGUCAACCUGGCACUGAAAAACGGAGCUGUGUCUCUCGUCAUAAAUUUGGGUUCUGGGGCGUUUGAAGCUCUGGUGGAGCAAGUCAAUGGGAAAUUUCAUUAUUAUUAUUAAUUUUAUUAUUAUUGAUAUUACUGUUGCCGUCAUCACAAGGUAUUAUUGUUAUCAUCACCAUCUUUACACUCAGGCAUUGGACAUGCUAUGGUAACAAUAUCUGUGGAUGGAAUACUGACCACCACAGGAUAUACUCAAGAGGACUACACCAUGCUUGGAUCUGAUGACUUUUUCUAUGUUGGAGGAAGUCCUAGUACAGCCGACCUGCCGGGAUCACCUGUUAGCAACAACUUUAUGGGUUGUCUGAGGGAGGUUGUGUAUAAAAACAAUGACGUUCGAAUGGAGCUGUCCAGACUGGCUUUUGAAGGUGACCCCAAAAUGAAGAUCCAUGGAGUUGUUGCCUUUAAGUGUGAGAAUGUUGCCACAUUAGAUCCCAUCACUUUUGAGACACCAGAAUCGUUCAUCAUACUUCCUAAAUGGAACACUAAGAAAACUGGUUCUAUUUCCUUUGACUUCCGUACCACUGAGCCCAAUGGACUUCUCCUUUUUAGCCAUGGGAAACCUAAGCAACAGACAAAAAAGGCCAAGAGCCCUCUCACACUUAAGGUUGACUUUUUUGCCAUUGAGAUGCUGGAUGGUCUUUUGUAUCUGCUGCUGGAUAUGGGAUCAGGCACAAUCAAGACACUGUUGGUGAACAAAAAAGUGAAUGACGGAGAGUGGUAUCAUGUGGACUUCCAGAGGGAUGGAAGAUCAGGUACCACCUAUAUUAACACAAUUCGCACACCAUACAAAGCCCCAGGAAACAGUGAGAUCCUUGACCUGGAUGAUAACCUGUAUCUAGGAGGACUGCCAGAAAAUAAAGCUGAUAUGGUGUUUCCUACUGAGGUGUGGACUGCUCUGCUCAACUAUGGUUACGUAGGCUGCAUCCGUGACUUAUUCAUCAGUGGUCAGAGCAAAGAUAUCCGCCGCAUAGCUGAGGUGCAGAAAGCAGCAGGCGUAAAGCCCUCCUGCAGCAAAGAAGCUCCCAAGCAGUGUCUCAGUAACCCCUGCCAAAACAAUGGAAUCUGCAGGGAAGGGUGGAACCGUUAUGUGUGUGACUGCUCUGGGACGGGCAAUCUUGGUAACUCCUGUGAGAAAGAUGCCACAAUCCUCAGUUACGACGGCAGUAAGUACUUGAAGGUCCAGUUAUCUGUAGCUAUGCAUACAGAGGCUGAAGAUGUUUCGCUACGGUUCCGAUCCCAGCGGGCAUACGGCGUUCUCAUGGCAACUACUUCUCGAGACUCUGCAGACACUCUACGUCUGGAGCUGGAUACAAGUCGCGUCCGGCUUACAGUUAAUCUAGACUGUGACAGGAUAAACUGUUCCAUGAGCAAGGGACCUGAGACCAUAUUUGCUGGUCAGAAUCUGAAUGAUAAUGAGUGGCACACGGUGCGAGUGAGCAGGAGAGGAAAGAGUCUGAAGCUGUCAUUGGAUGAUUUACCCACUGUGGAAGGAGAGAUAUCAGGUGACCACACACACCUGGAGUUUCAUAACAUAGAGACGGGGAUCAUUACAGAGAAACACUACCUGCCCAUCACACCCUCCAACUUCAUUGGGCAUCUCCAGAGCCUGACAUUUAACGGCAAGCCAUACAUCGACCUCUGCAUAAAUGGAGACAUAGACUACUGCGAAGUCAAUGCCAUAAUUGGAUUUAAGAACAUCAUUGCAGAUCCAGUGACCUUCAAGUCCUGCACAAGCUAUCUGUCUCUGAGCACACUGCAGGCGUACUACUCCAUGCACCUGUUCUUCCAGUUCAAGACCACCUCAUCAGACGGGCUCAUCCUGUUCAACAGUGGAGAUGGAAAUGACUUCAUAGCUGUAGAGCUGGUUAAGGGCUACCUGCAUUACAUCUCAGAUCUGGGAAAUGGUGCUUAUCUCAUCAAAGGAAAUUCAAACAAACCUCUUAAUGACAAUCAAUGGCACAAUGUCAUCAUCUCCAGAGACACACAUAACCUGCAGACUGUCAAACUUGACACCAAAAUCACCUCCCAGUCCAUCGUGGGUGCCAAACAUCUUGACUUAAAAGGUGAUCUUUACAUUGGUGGUGUUCCUGAGGAGAUAUACAAAGAGUUACCCAAGUUAGUACAUGCAAAAGAAGGAUUUCAAGGCUGUCUGGCAUCUGUGGAUCUAAACGGCCGUUUGCCAGACCUGAUGUCUGAAGCGCUGGUCUGUGUUGGACAGAUUGAGAGAGGAUGUGAAGGGCCCAGCACUACCUGUCAGAAGGAUUCGUGUGCCAAUCAGGGGGUUUGUAUUCAGCAGUGGGAAGGCUUCACUUGCGACUGCAGCAUGACCACACACGGAGGACAUUUGUGUAAUGAUGCAGGCACCACAUUUAUAUUUGCGAGAGACGGUGGUCUGAUCACAUACACAUGGCCACCAAACGACCGGCCAAGCACACGAGCAGAUCGGCUGGCGGUGGGAUUCAGUACUCAUCUGAAAGAAGCUCUACUGGUGCGAGUGAACAGCUCCUCUGGGUUAGGUGACUAUCUCAAACUACACAUUGUAAAGGGCUACAUUGCAGCUAUAUUUAAUGUGGGCACAGAUGACAUCAACAUCGAGGAGAAAGCAAAGUUUGUAAAUGAUGGAAAGUACCAUACAGUGAAGUUCACAAGAAGUGGUGGCAAUGCCACGCUGCAGGUGGAUGAUCUACCUGUUAUUGAGCGCUACCCCACAGGAAACAUUGAUAGUGAACGGCUGGCGAUCACUAGACAGCGAAUUCCAUAUCGACUCGGUCGAGUAGUUGACGAUUGGCUACUCGACAAAGGCCGUCAGCUCACAAUCUUCAACAGCCAGAUGACCAUCCAGAUCGGAGGCUGGGAAAGAGACCACAGCCGUGCUUUCCAGGGCCAAAUGUCUGGAUUCUAUUACAAUGGCUUGAAGGUUUUUAACAUGGCUGUGGAAGGAGACCCCAACAUCCGCAUCGAAGGCAGCGUGAGGUUGGUUGGGGAGGCGCAGUCCUCCUCCAUAACACCAAAGUCCAGUGCUACGGUUUCUCGCUCUGAGACCUCUUCCUCAAUCAUGGAGAUCACCACCACAAUCGCCUCCAGCCACAAGAUCAAACCGACCAGAGCAAGCGCACCUCGGUUUGAUGGACUGACCCUCUGUGUUUUUGUUUCUUCAGCUAACCCUACAGGCCCAGUGGUGAAGAGCUAUCCUGGUCAGUCUGAGGUUUUCCACGAGUCCAGCAGUACCACAGGCAUGGUGGUCGGCAUAGUGGCUGCUGCCGCACUUUGCAUUCUCAUUCUUCUCUAUGCCAUGUACAAAUACCGCAACCGUGACGAAGGAGCGUACCACGUGGAUGAGAGUCGCAACUAUAUUUGCAAUUCAGCCCAGUCAAAUGGAACAAUUGUAAAGGAGAAACCAAUGGACGGUACCAGUAGUGUCAGCAAGAGCAAGAAAAACAAGGAGUAUUAUGUGUGAAUCUAUUAUUCAUGGUCUUUACAGGACCAUCAUUCUCAUCCACAGUUCUCACAAAAGUCAACUAUAAGACCUACUCAUGUAAGAUAGCAAAAACUCAGAGAUUGUGGAAAAGCCCUUAGUCAUCAUAUUUUAAACAGUGGUACAGCAGAAAUCUGCAAUAUUUAAUUCACGCACAUUGAAAUGGAUAACAGAACAGAAGGACAGCCAAUUGCGGAUGUUCAGAAAAUGUCCAGCAGGCUGGUCAGAGUAAGACAAGCUGAUUAAAUACCCAACAAUUACCCAUUAGUGAUGGAAAGAUUACCAAAUCCACCCAGACUCUGGCACUUUCUUGUGUAACAAAUGCAAGAAGGGAAUGAAUGAAGAGUGAGCAACGGACUAUUACAAAACACCUUCCAUUUUGUUUUGCUUUUUGUUUUUCCUGAAGCAUCACUGAAGAAUGAGAGAACAAGAAAGGACAGAACGAAGUCUCUCAGUUGUUCGAAUUGAUAAUUCUUAUAGAGCUAAUAUGAAUUUGACAGUUCAUAGUAAAAGAAAAUUAUUUUUGGCAAACAUGUGGCUGCAAAACAGUUGUGGAUAUCUCAGUGAUUAUGGAUUCAAAGUUGUAUUUAAUAAGUUUCUAUACAGUAAAACCACAACUGUUUGCUUUUUGGACUGUCACAAAUUUGUGUUUUAUAACCUGUUGCAUUGAGAAUGCAAACUUUACCUACUCCUUGUCAGAAAAGGCCACAAAAGAAUCUUACAUAUGUCUAAUAUAGAAUUAGACAGAUAACAUAAAAAAUGCCAUUUGUUAUUUGCAAUGUUUUAUUUUUUCCAUCUUGUUGCCUGCAAAUGGUUUUCUGCAAAUUAUUGUUUACAUGUUAUCUCUUAACUUUUUGACUAUGUGUGUGCACAUGCACGGCCCAUGUUUUGGAAGGUACUCUGAAAGACACACACAAACGCCAGAGCCUUCCAAAGACAUAUCACUACCAAUAAACUGACAAACCUAAACUCCCAAGAGAUGGAUCUCAGCCUGCAGUGACAGAUGGGAUGAAUCCAUGUUCAAAUAGUGCUUACACACCCUCAGAAUGCACUCAUAAAUCAAAUUAAUUCACUCAUUUCUGUCUUGAGAGUAUGUCUGUCAGUGUGUCUGCCUCAUUUCCUACUUUUAGAACAAGAGACGGUUAAACUUAUUUUGAGCUGAACACAAGAACCGUUAUAAAUUCAUUUGACUUAUUUUUUUAGACCUGUAUUACUUUUUUAUACAGUAUUUUA